UUUUAGUCGAAUGUUUUCAAUACUCCCGUUUCCGUGUCCUCUAAAAACCAAAAAACUCCGUUUAUAGACUGUCGCUGACAUUAAUGGCUUCUGCCCCUUCUCUCUAACGUGGAUUGAAGCAAAUAUACUCCAAAGUCGUCGUCUAUCUCGCUCGUGGCUAGAGGGAGUACUGUUCAAUCGUUCUAAUUAGUCUUCCUUUUUGGCUUCUGUCUCAGGUUGUUAUUAGAAGAGAAAGAUUGAUAGUUAGCAACAAUGGCGGAUUAUCACUUUGUGUACAAAGAUGUUGAAGGAGCAUCAACACAAUGGGAUGAUAUUCAAAGAAAGCUUGGAAAUUUACCUCCAAAACCCCCUACAUUCAAACCCGAUCCUUUUACUCCUGCAGAAGAUGAAGAUUCAAAACCUAAAGACAAAAAUUGGAUCGAUAACAAGACAGAAGAAGAACUUGAAGAUCUAGAGGAUGAUCUUGAUGAUGAUCGAUUCCUUGAAGAAUACAGGAGAAAGAGGUUAGCAGAGAUGAAACAAGUUGUAAAAGUUGCAAAAUUUGGAUCAAUCAUACCGAUUUCUGGAUCAGAUUUUAUACGUGAGGUAUCACAAGCUCCAUCUGAUGUAUGGGUAGUGGUUCUUUUAUAUAAAGACGGGUAUCCUGAAUGUGGAGUACUAAUGCAAUGUCUUGAAGAACUUGCAACGAUGUAUUCAGCCACAAAAUUUGUUAAAAUUAUAUCAACUGACUGUAUUCCUAAUUACCCCGAUCGCAAUCUUCCUACUUUGCUGGUCUAUAAUAACAGCGCAGUGAAGGCGAAUUACGUGGGUUUACAUACUUUUGGUCGUAGAUGCACUCCGGAAGGUGUUGCUAUGAUUUUGUGUCAAUCGGAUCCUGUUCUUAACGAUGGGCAGAGUGAAGGUGAAGCUUCUAGAGAUGCUGUUCUUGAAGGGGUGAGGAGGAGGUUUAUAGAGAAAGUGGUGACUCAGCAUGAAAAUGAUGAUGAUGGGUCAUCAUCGAGUGAUUAGCAUUGUGGUUGUCGUUAUGUUAAAUCAUAGGUAUUUUGUUGGUACAACCUUUUAAGACAGUUUCCUUGUUUCUUCUAUUUUCUUUUGAUUCGUGCAACUUCAACAUUAAAAAAUUCCCAUCCGAAAAUUUAUGCAUGUUUCUGUAAGUGUUUUUUCAAGUUUAUUAGCAAUUUAGUUUGUUUGCACAUGUAUAUAUGGUCA